AUCCACCAUUUUGGGUUAAGAUAUUCCAUAAACUGCGUGACCAAACAUUUCUUUUCUUCAUCCAGCAUAUCCUCGAUUCACUGGCUCAAGCUAACCCUCCUCCACAGCCUCCAUCACAAACCCUAGAAAAUGUCGGGAGGGUUUUUCCGGGGCACGUCGGCUGAUCAGGACACUCGGUUCUCGAACAAACAAGCCAAACUGCUGAAAUCGCAGAAGUUCGCCCCUGAAUUGGAUCACCAGGUGGACAUGACGAAGGUUAAGAUGGAUGUGAUGAGACCAUGGAUUGCACACCGAGUAACUGAACUUCUUGGAUUUGAAGAUGAAGUGCUCAUCAACUUCAUAUAUGGCCUUCUAGAUGCGAAGAAAGUUAAUGGAAAGGAGGUUCAAAUUGCGCUAACAGGAUUCAUGGAGAAAAAUACUGGGAAGUUUAUGAAAGAGCUCUGGUCGCUACUUCUCAGUGCACAAAAUAAUUCAAGCGGGGUCCCUCAGCAGUUCCUGGAUGCCAAAGAGGAGGAAACUAGGAAGAAGAUGGCAGAGACGGAUAGGAUAGCAAAUGAAAUUCGGAGGAAGAAAGAAAAGGAAGCUUUGGAGCUUGAGCAAGAGAAUACGAAGAAGAAGGACGGCGAGGUUGACAUGCUGAGGGCUAAUAUUGCUGCUUUUGAGCCAAGGUCAGCUGAUGAGAAAGACACCAGUGAAAGGAAUGGCUCAAGAGGAAGGAGCAGGGUCUCUAAAUCUCCCCAUUCAGCUGGUCGACCUCUGUCACCUCGAGGCACACAUUCAAGGUCAAUAAGCAAGUCGUUUUCCAAUUCCAGAAGUUGUUCAAAGUCGAGAAGUAGAUCUGGUUCUGAACCUAGAGGGCGCUCUAUUUCCUCUGGAAGGAUGUACCACUCUUCACCAAGACGGUCUGUCACACCUCGUCGGAGGCAUUCUCCUCGGAAGUCUCUCUCUCCUCCAAAACAUAGGUCUUCUAAUUCUAGGCGUAGAUCUACAUCACGUUCAUGGCGCAGAUCACCUUCUCCUGUGCGACAUAAAUUCCGUUCUCCUAUACGUCGCCGAUCACGGUCUCCCAUGUGGCGAUCACCUGUGCGACAUCGAUCACGGUCACCUGUGUGGCGUAGGUCACGGUCACCGGUUCGAAAUAGGCCAAGGUCGCCUAUCAGACGUAGAUCAAGGACUCCUAUGCGACGGCGAUCGGUAACUCCUGUUCGAAGAAGGUCACAAACUCCUGUACGACGGCGAUCACCAAUGCCUGUGCGACGUAGAUCACCAUCUCCUGCAAGAUUGCGCUACCGUAGAUCUCCAUCAACUCCGCGGCGUAGAUCUCCAUCCCUACAUCGAAAUAGAUCCCCUGUUCUACACCGAAGAAGAUCACCAACUCCUCGAUAUAGGUCUCCUUCACCUCAAGAAUGGAGUUCAUCGUCUCCGGUUCGUUGUAUGUCCCCCUCACCAAUCCGAAGAUCACCAAAGCUUAAGCAAAGGUCAUCCAUGCAAUCUCCUAGAGGAACACGCAGAACCCAUGAAAAACAUUCUCCUGUUCGUCGUGCCUUUCCAAGAGAGACUGGUGAAGGAUCAGACUUGUUUGAACGUCGGCCUCCUGUUUCAUCAAUGUCACCACAAAGAGAUCGAAGGAACCAUAAUGAUAUCCAUAGAAAAGUGCCACCCUUGAGGCGUUCGGUAUCCAAGUCUCCUUCCGUUUCAGAAUCUCCAACAGCUGCAAGGAAGGGAAGUGCUAAUGAAGAUGGAAGGUCACGUAGUCCUUAUAAAUCCCCUGUGAAACAAACAAAAAUACAGAUGACUCGUGAUGGCAGCUCAAGUCCUGCACCAAGAGCUAGAGGGCGUGAACCUCAUCAUGACAGUGCAGAGACAAGUGCAGAGGAGAAAGAAACUUCUUAUGCCAGGGAGGAUAGGGAUCAGAAACUUAAGUAUUCAGGGAAAAGGCCUUCACAUUCGUCUGCAGCUGGUGAGCUUAAAGAUAAACUUGAGAAGGUUCGCCCCAAGAACAAAUAUUCGCCUGAAAGAGUAGCUAGUCAUCGCUCUGAUGAAACCUGGGGCCACCCUGAGGGCAAGGAGUUGAGAAAGCAAGGCCAAGAAACAAAGAGUGGAAACCUUCCUGAGUUACUUCAUCCUGCAGUUCCUGUUCCACGAGGUUCACCGGCAAUUGAUAAAGACACUUUGAAAAGUGAGAGAGACCCAGAAUCAUACCGUCGAGGUGGUUACAAAGCUGAUAGGAAGAAUCAUUCUCCAUCAAAAGAUAUAAAGGACAGUGAUCAGCGUCAAAAAUCCGAAACUGUCCUGAACUUGGCCAAAAAAGUUGAGAAUAAUCGAAGAGGUUUUAUGGAUUCUGGCUCCGAGGAAAGUGAUAAGCACAAAGCUCAAGUUAAGGAAAAGAGAAAGCAUAAACGAUCGGAAAGGCAAGAGGUGGCAUCCGAUGAUGAUUCUAGUAGUGAUUCCCAAAUUGUUGAGAGGAAGGAGGCUAAAAGGAGGAGGAAGGAGGAAAAGAGAUUGAGGAAGGAGCAAAGGCGUCAUCGGCGGGAGGAGCGACACCGCAGAAGGGAAGAGAGGCGUGCAGAGAGGCGAAAAUUGAAGUUAGUUGAUACUGUUACUCUACUUCCAGAUAGUGAGAAAAAUCAUGAUGAUUCUACUGAUGGUGAACAUGUUAAAAGGCUGAAGUCGCAUGCCAGUUAUGCAGAAGAGAAUGAAUCUGAGCAGAAAAGGCUUGAGAUCGAGUUACGGGAAAAGGCUCUUAAAAAGCUUAGAGCAAAAAAGGGCGUUGGCCAUUAAAUGCGUUGCUGUGUUAGGACCUUUAGCUGUUAUUUGACCAUUUUAAUACUGUUGCUCAGUUUCAUGUUUUAAGAACUUAGUUUUUUUCGAUGAGUGUAUGAUUGAUAGCUGUUUAAUGAAGUCUGUCUUUACUGCUGGCAGCUGAAAUGGAUAAAUGAGGAUUUCCUGAGCUAGUGUCUUGAAUGCAACUUUAUGCUGAUCUUCCUGCUAGAUUUACUGGUAGAAAACUCCAGUUUGUACCGUUGAUUGAUCUAGUUAUUUAUUCUUUUGGAUGGAAAAAAUGAAUCUGAGGGUCUUGGCAGUCUCCAUCUAACAUACGUUUGAUACUAAAUUGGCUUUCUGGUUAAUUGAUAGAUGAGAAUAUUGUCAACUAGAUGACUUGGUUGAGCAGAUCUUCUGCAGCUCCUCGUUUUAUACCAAAUCAGCUUGAAAGCUGUUCCUGGGAGUUUGUUUUUCUAUUCUACAUGGUGCUUUAGACUCCUCUACAUCCUGUUCCGAUGUUGAUACAGCCAUUAAAUCAAUUCGGGUGCGUAAUCAUGUAUGCCUUGUUUAUCUGACUCCAUCUCUGUUUCUUUGGUGGGGGUAGGGAAAGCAUAAUCAUGUAUGUCCUGUUUAUCUGACUCCAUCUCUCUGUUUCUUUGGUGGGGGUAGGG